CACCUUCCCCAAGCAAGAGGGUGCGGACAUUUCCCCGGGGUGCCUCCACAUCUCUUUCGGAUCUCUAAGGACGCCCGCCCGCGCUAUGGUGACGAUGUGGAGGACCAGAAGUGCAGCCGCCGCCAGCGAGCGUCGCCCGCCAGCGCCAGAGACUUGAUGGAAGAUCUGGCCAGCUUGCGCCUCCCUCGCCCAUGGGAUGGCAUUCCAUAUUGCCACACGAUGCGCUGGAAGGAAUGAAGGUCACUAGCACACCUACAGAUGCUUCUUAGAGCUGUCAGAAGAGGACCAACAAAGAUGUUUGUAAAGCUCCAUGUGCUUGCGCUGGCUUUAUUUUCCAAAGGAGGCUUCCUUUCUCUAGGUGACCACAACUUUAUGAGGAAAGAAAUUAAGAUUGAAGGAGACCUGGUUUUUGGUGGUCUGUUCCCUAUUAAGGAAAAGGGCAGUGGAGCAGAAGAAUGUGGGAGAAUCAAUGAAGACCGAGGCAUCCAGCGUUUGGAGGCAAUGUUGUUUGCGAUUGAUGAGAUCAACAGAGACAGCUCCUUGCUCCCAGGAAUUAAGCUUGGAGUUCACAUUUUGGACACUUGCUCCCGGGACACGUAUGCAUUAGAACAGUCUCUGGAGUUUGUCAGGGCUUCUUUGACUAAAGUGGAUGAAGCUGAGUAUAUGUGUCCUGAUGGGUCGUACGCGAUUCAAGAAAACAUCCCACUACUCAUUGCGGGAGUCAUUGGAGGUUCUUACAGCAGCGUCUCCAUACAGGUUGCAAACUUGCUCAGGCUUUUCCAGAUUCCUCAGAUAAGCUACGCCUCGACUAGUGCCAAGCUGAGUGACAAGUCUCGCUACGACUACUUUGCACGGACGGUGCCGCCUGACUUCUACCAAGCCAAAGCCAUGGCUGAGAUCCUACGGUUCUUUAACUGGACUUACGUGUCAACCGUCGCUUCUGAAGGAGACUAUGGCGAAACAGGCAUUGAAGCAUUUGAGCAAGAGGCACGCCUCCGAAAUAUAUGCAUUGCCACCUCCGAGAAGGUUGGCCGCUCCAAUAUUCGGAAGUCCUAUGACAGCGUCAUCCGAGAGCUGCUCCAGAAACCCAAUGCCAAGGUGGUCGUCCUCUUCAUGCGCAGUGAUGACUCCCGGGAGCUCAUUGCUGCAGCCAACCGAUUCAACGUUUCCUUCACGUGGGUUGCCAGUGACGGGUGGGGAGCACAGGAAAGCGUUGUGAAGGGCAAUGAGCACGUUGCUUAUGGCGCAAUAACUCUCGAGCUUGCUUCUCAUCCAGUUAAAGAAUUCGACCGGCACUUCCAAAGCCUCACCCCUUACACUAACCAUCGCAACCCCUGGUUCAAGGACUUUUGGGAGCAGAAAUUUCAGUGCAGCCUCCAGAACAGGAAACCCCACAGAAAAACGUGUGACAAACAUUUAUCUAUCAACAGUUCCAACUACGAACAAGAGUCCAAGAUCAUGUUUGUGGUGAACGCGGUAUAUGCGAUGGCGCACGCCCUGCAUAAAAUGCAACGGACCAUGUGUCCAAACACAACCAAACUCUGUGAUGCCAUGAAGCAUUUGGAUGGCAAGAAGCUCUACAAAGACUACCUACUGAAAGUCAACUUUACAGCUCCAUUCAGUUCUUCCAAAUCUGUGGACAACACUGUUAAAUUUGAUAUUUACGGUGAUGGGAUAGGCCGAUACAAUGUCUUCAAUUUCCAGCACAAUGGUGGUAAAUAUGCCUACUUAAAGAUUGGCCAGUGGGCAGAAACUUUGACCCUCGAUGUAGACUCCAUCCAUUGGUCCACGGAUGUUGUUCCAACUGCCCAGUGCAGCGACCCUUGCCAACCUAAUGAGAUGAAGAACAUGCAGCCAGGAGAUGUCUGCUGUUGGAUUUGUAUUCCCUGUGAACCCUUCGAAUACCUGGCUGAUGAGUUCACCUGCUCAGACUGUGGACUUGGGCAAUGGCCCUCUAUGGAUCUCACCAGCUGUUAUGACUUACCGGAAGAUUACAUCAAGUGGGAAGAUGCCUGGGCCAUAGGGCCUGUGACUAUCGCAUGCCUGGGCUUUGUUUGUACUUUCCUAGUUGUGGGGGUCUUCAUAAAGCACAACAACACUCCUUUGGUCAAAGCUUCAAGCCGCGAGCUUUGCUACAUCCUCCUCUUUGGAGUCUUCCUCUCCUACAGCAUGACCUUCUGCUUCAUUGCCAAGCCCUCACCAGCCAUUUGCACCUUGCGCCGCCUGGGCCUGGGCACAUCGUUUGCCACGUGCUAUGCUGCCCUCCUGACGAAAACGAACUGCAUUGCCAGAAUAUUCAAUGGGGUGAAGAACGGGGCUCAGAGGCCUAGAUUCAUCAGCCCACGUUCUCAGGUCCUCAUCUGCCUGAGCCUUAUCAUGGUGCAGAUUGUGGUGGUGUCUGUGUGGCUGAUUUUGGAGGCCCCGGGCACUCGUCGAUACACCAUCCCUGAGAAAAGGCAGACUGUCAUAUUGAAGUGCAAUGUCAAGGAUUCUAGUAUGUUGAUCUCCUUGAUGUAUGAUGUGAUCCUUGUGGUCUUAUGCACUGUGUAUGCCUUCAAAACAAGGAAGUGCCCAGAAAACUUCAAUGAAGCCAAAUUUAUUGGCUUUACAAUGUAUACGACAUGCAUUAUUUGGCUGGCCUUUCUGCCAAUCUUUUAUGUGACAUCAAGUGACUACAGGGUUCAGACCACAACCAUGUGCAUCUCCGUGAGUCUCAGUGGCUUUGUUGUCUUGGGGUGUCUGUUUGCCCCCAAAGUGCAUAUUGUCCUCUUCCAGCCACAGAAGAAUGUGGUCACGCACAGGCUGCAUCUCAACAGGUUCAGCGUCAGCGGAACAGGAACCACUUAUUCCCAAGCCUCUGCUAAUGUGUAUGUGCCAACCGUCUGCAAUGGAAGAGAAGUUGUGGAUUCCACCACCUCGUCUCUGUGAUCAUACAGCUGGCGCUGGCAUUCCUAGACGGCUGGGAAGAAUUGCACAUUUCUUGUGGACUCUGGAAAAAAGAACAUUUUUUUU